AUGAGCCAACGAAUCAAGAGUGAAAAAGGACAUCUGAGCCAGCGAAUCAAGAGUGAAGAAGGACACGUGAGCCAAGGGAGAGAGUCAACCGUCCUUAACGUGAAAGCGGAAUACACGGGGUCGUCACGCUAUGCCUCGGCAGAAUCAGAAAUGGACUCAGACGAGUCCUUUGGGAUGCAGCGGAUGUCGCUGGGACCGACAGGGGCAGCAAUGCUUGAAAACAAGCUCGACCCGGCUAAAAGUGGAAUACGAUCAACUCAAAUUCCGGGUUCACAAAAUGCAAACACGGUGAAGCCAAGCCAGUUGCAAUUAUGUUUCGAAGCCGCCAUGGACAAAUUCAUUCGCGAUCGCGAAGAACAAGGAGCUAACUACCCGAUCGUCCCGGACGUCGACAUGGAGUCAGUAGACUCAUACCGCGAUCGACUGGGAGAACAUGAGUCAGAUCGCAGGGAAUUAUAUGAUCUAAGACGACCACAAGUGGCAACUGCAGGAACCGCCCCUACGGAAGAUUUCAGCGCACAGAGGAUUAGAUUGUCGGCGAUGGCCGAUCUGAAAGAAUUUUCAGUACGUGACCAAGACGAAGAACGUGCUAGAGGUUGGUUUAACAAGAUGAAGACUGCCUUUCUACGCGAUCAGGCUCCAGAAGACGAGAAAUGUCUGGUAUUUGGAGACCUGCUCACAGGACCUGCCCGAAAUUGGUACAGCCAAUUGAGCCGAUCGACCCGCAAUGAUUAG